AUGACUGCAGAGGAUUUUGAUUUUUUGCUGGGUAAAGUCAAACACCUCAUAACAAAACAGGACACCAAGAUGAGACUGGCAAUACCACCUGGAGAGCGUAUGUCUUUGACCUUGCGCUUCCUGGCAACAGGUGAAUCAUUCAAGUCCCUGAGGUUCCAGUACAGAGUUGGGACCAGCACCAUCUCACAGAUAGUUGUGGAGACCUGUGCCGCUCUGUACCAGGUUUUGAAGGAAGACUUCCUAAAGACACCAUCAACGGAGGCAGAAUGGCAGGCAAUAGCCCAGGACUUCGAAAGGAAAUGGCAGUUUCCACAUUGCCUUGGGGCAAUUGAUGGAAAGCAUAUUCACAUACAACCUCCAAAAAAGAGUGGCAGUCUAUACCACAAUUACAAAGGCAGGUUCUCUGUGCUAAUGAUGGCUGUAGUAGAUGCAAACAACAAGUUCAUCUAUGCAAGUGUGGGUACCCAAGGCAGGGUUUCAGAUGCUGGACUGUUUGCACACUCUGACCUGCGCAAAGCAAUGGACCAGGGCCUACUGAACUUCCCUCCACCUGAGCCUUUGCCAAACUCUGACAUCCUGAUGCCUUACAUGUUUGUUGGUGAUGAGGCAUAUCCGUUAAGAAACGACCUCAUGAAGCCAUAUCCAUUCAGGCAGAUGGAGCAUGGGCAAAGAAUCCUGAACUACCGUCUCUCGAGGGCACGACGAGUGGUGGAGAAUGCUUUUGGCAUUCUUGCCAACAGGUUGAGAGUUUUCAGGUCAACCAUAUGCUUGGAGCCAGACAAGGUCAUAAAAAUAACAAUGGCCUCCCUGUGCAUCCACAACUUCCUCUGUGAGCGCAGGUCUGAGGCGUAUACACCUCCAGCUUUUGUAGACUGGGAGAACACUGACCACGGCGUGGUUGAUGGAGCCUGGAGGAAUCAUGGGAUGGGGGCUUUUCAGCCGGUGGAGCACAGAAGAGAGCGCAAUGCUGCAGUAACAGCAAAAUGCAACGAAAUCUUUUAUGGGACUAUUUCAUCUCACCAGCAGGUAGUGUUUCUUGGCAGGAGCAACACAUUUAGAAAAGUACAGAUGUCAAUGUUUGAUGGGGACUCCGAGCUGAAGAGUAAUGAGGAUGAGACUGUGCCGGUGGUGGAGCUGAAAUGA